CGUCAAAUGCACACAUUGGAUGUUAGCUAGACGUCCUUGUUGUUAUAGUGAUGAUAUCCUCAAGCCUCCUCUCAACCAAAUGUUCUUUUCUAUCUUAGUUUGCAUCAUAUGUCGUCAAGGGACCAAUUUAGUCUAUAGUCUUUGAUCUUUCAUCUAAGUAUCAGGGGAGUUCACUGUCCUAUUUAAACCUGCUCAUGAUCCAGAAGCGCUAAACACGCUAAACUAAAGGAAGUUAUUAGGUUAUUAUUAUUAUUGGUAGUAGUAUUAGUAGCAUAUUAUUGCGUCUGCAAAUCCCAUUUUUGUUAAAACUGGGCAAUAGGUAGGAUAAGCGCUUUUGCGCGUGACCAGCGUCUCCUCGUUCCCGUCUGCGCGCCACUGAUCUGCUGAGUCCCUUCGCUGCUCAUUCGUUUUUCAACAGCACGGGUUGGGGGUUAUUGUUUGUGCAAGGAUACCGAGACCAAGGACUCUAAUACGCGUUUCUCUGCUUUUCUGGCAUUAUUUGAUGGACUGACGCUCACCUGCAUGCACCCAAUCCCCGGCAUAAUGAAUGAAACGAUGAUAGCAUAACGGGACCUGCAUUUUACUUACACAAAUAACUUACACGCACACACGCUCAUAUUCCAUUCACACACUCACACACAAACACACACACGGACGCACGCACGCACAGAGACUCUGGGUUAAUUAGCCUCUUAGAUCUGAAUUACACGCGCUCUCGAACAAAAGGGAGUGCAGAAGGAGAAGUUAAGCUGUCGGCAACCUUACCUCUUGCACAUUCUACAGCAAUUCGAGGAACGCUAGUAGAACUUUCUAGUUCAGUUUUGCAGAUCUGGAGGAAUCACGGCAUAUAAAUAAAUGAAUUUCGAUCAGAUUCUAUCUGCUGUGGGUGGCUUUGGUAGAUUUCAAAAGAUUCUGUACGUAUGGAUCUGUCUCCCGCAGAUCCUGUUGGCUUUUCACAUGAUGGCCAGCAUCUUUACCGGCGCUACGCCUCCGCAUUGGUGCCGGGAUUCGCCAUCGUCUCCCGAAUCUGAUCCUGGAACGGCGGGUAACAUCUCUGAUACCGGAAUGGCAAACCAGAACUUGACCGUCUCUUUCUUCCUCAAGCGCACGCAAGCCUGUGGACUUUUUGUCAACCAUAGCAGUUCUGCCUCGUGCAGUCAUGGAUGGGAAUACAGCCGCGAGAUAUUUCACAGCACCACUGUCACCGAGUGGGAUUUGGUUUGUGACAGAGCCAGUCUGAACAGUCUUGGGUCCUCCAUCUACAUGCUGGGUUUAUUAGUUGGAGCAGCUGUGUUUGGAGCAAUGGCUGACAGGUAUGGACGUAGGUUCUGCUUGCUAUUGUCUCUGGCGCUGCAGGCUGUGUUUGGCAUCUCUGUUGCUUUUGCUCCCAACUUCCCCACAUACGUGCUGCUGCGCUUUGUGCUGGGAACCACCAUCUCUGGAGUCAUCAUCAACGCCUUUGUGCUGGGCACAGAGUGGACGUGUACCCAGCGCCGCAUGCUAGCAGGCAUUUUCACAGACUACUUCUUUGGAGUGGGCAAUAUGCUGCUGGCGGGCAUCGCGUACCUGCUGAGGGACUGGAGACAGCUGCAGCUGGCCAUCUCUGCCCCAGGAGUCCUUUUUAUAUUUUACAUCUGGCUCGUCCCUCAUUCUGCACGUUGGCUGCUGGUGAAAGACCGCACAGAAGAGGCAGUUACUCUUCUGAGGAGAGCAGCCAAGGUCAAUGGACGACCUUUCCCCUCUUCUGCGAAGCUGGAAAGGUGUGAUAUCGUUGGAGAGGGGAAGGGUCAGUGUGGCGCCAUCGACCUGCUUAAAACUCCACAGAUGAGGAGGAGAUCCUUCAUCCUGUUUUACCUGUGGUUUGUAAAUGUGCUGGUGUAUUAUGGCCUCUCUCUUGGUGUGUCCAGUCUGGGGGUGGAUCUUUACCUCACACAGUUCAUAUUCGGAUUGGUGGAGAUUCCUGCCAGAUCAGUGGUUCUGGUGGUGUUACCAUGGAGUCGCAGAAUUCCCCAGAGCUUUUUCAUGGCAGUGGGCGGUGUGGCUUGUCUCCUCACCCUUACUGUGCCAGCAGGUAACCCCCAGGUGGUUACAGCUCUGGCUCUGGUUGGAAAGUUUGGGAUCACCGCCUCCUUUGCUGUUAUUUACAUCUAUUCUGCUGAGCUAUUCCCUACAGUUCUGAGACAGACAGGGAUAGGCAUGGCUUCCAUGUUUGCGAGAAUGGGAGGAGUCCUGGCCCCUCUAAUCAACAUGCUGAGAGACCCCGCCCCCACCAUUCCCAUGGUGAUCUUUGGCUGUGCCCCUCUACUGGGGGCAGCUCUCGCUUUGGCUCUGCCAGAGACGGCCAACCAGCCACUUCCAGAUAAUCUCCAGGAUAUCCAGGAACCUUCAGUGGGGAUCAGCCAGUCUCACAGUCCAUCAGAAGGACAGCAGCUGCAGCACUUGGCACCCGAUUCUUGACCCAAAACCACUGACACACAAAACACGCACAAGCUCAUGAGGUUGGGGUUGUUUUAAAGUAGGGAGCAAUGGGUGAAUGAUGGGAAUAUAAAGGUGAAUUGCAGCUAAUGGAGAGCAUGAGCAGGGCAUGACAGCAUGAUGAAGUGGGUGAUGGGUAUUAUAUUGUAACGGGGACAAGACAGGAAAUGCUCUGGAGGCUGAAUUUGAGUACUAAAAACACUGCUCUGACUGUGAUCCAGCUAAUCCCACAGUGACAUGAGUGGAACUGGAGCAGCAAAUCAUUACUAGGUCUUCGGAAGGCCAUUUGCAUUUUCUGUGUUCGUGGAACGCAGUGAGAAUAUGCUAGUGAACUAUGGUCUAACAAUGAUGAGAAAAGUCAUUUUAGUAUUUGAAUGAAGUUGCUUAACUAGGGAAUUAAUACAAAAGUGAUGGAGAGUUAGUAGGGGAAAUGUGAUGAGUUCCAGAGGUGUGUGAUCAUAAGUACAGGACCUGCUAUGGUCCUUUACUUAUAUAUAUAUGCUGCACUCUUGUACAAGGCAAGGUUGCACUUACGGCUCCUACACACAGUUGUGUUCCGUCAACGGCGCAUGCCAGUGGGUGUUCCCAACGGUAUCUAUGCAAAUUACUUGUGUAAAUAUAGCCGUAAUUGGAUUGGCUGGUGCCUUCUGUUGUUGUCCGUCGGUGCAGCAAAAGUUGAACCAAAAGUUGAAAGUUAAAGCAACGGAUGACGUAAGCCCAUGUAAAGUGGACAUGAUGUGUCUCCAGCACUGCACCGCAUGCAACUGUAUGUAGAAGCUGUUAAAGCUGUACCAGUGUACCAGUAGACGUGCGAUUCAAAAUGCCUUUGAGAGCUGUUGCCAUGUAAGGGUGUAUUACAAUCACUUAGAGUUAACGUGUCAAGGUUACUCACAAAACUGAGUAAGUGACUAAACCACAUACUUGGGAUAUCCCCUUGAACUCUUUAGGUACACCACACAGUACAUGGACAAGUGAUGUUAGUGUAUAUGCAAUCCAUGGUCUGUAUAUAGUGAUGUAUAUAAUUUGCUUAGAUGUAGAGGGGUUAAGGUAGGUCAAAAGACAGGCGUUCUUUCAAUAGGCUUUGAUAUGUACUUCAUAAAACCAAUAAACACUCCAAUGCACUUACACAGUCCAUACUUUGAUGGCAAAAAUAGCAUGUGAAUGUACUGUACCGGUACAUAAAAAUAAAUGUGACAGAAAGGACAAUAAAAAUACACUGACUAAA